CGGAGGCGGGGUCCCGGGCGAGCCGCUCUGGGAGGCGGGGGGCCGUUUCCAUAGCGGCGGCAGGAGGUGUCGCGCCGGGGAACUUCCUGGUUCCCGGGCUCGGCUUUGCCGGGAUCCUCUCGGAAGGGAAACAAUGGGGCGGAGGGCACUGCGGUAGCCGCCGCCGCUGCGCCGGGACCUGCUCGGCCCCCCGGGACCCCCCGCCCUCAGCCUCCGUCGACGGGACCGUUCGGAGGCGAUAGCAUUUACAGGAGGAGAAAGGAAAUCUGAAAAUGUUAUCUCUUGUGCUACUAAACUGCCUCCUUGCUGAAAAGAAUUGGUAGUCCACCUAUUUGUGCACGAAGGGUUUGCAUUUCAAAGCUGUGAUUGGCAUUAAGAGUCUUGAAUACGUGACUUCAGUUGACAUGUAUUCCUCUGAGAAACACUGGACAGCAGAUUUGGGUGUAGUGCCUGAUCGGGACCACAUACAGAGACAUCUCCAGUCAUGGAUUCAAACCAGGAUGUAGCACUUAAACUUGCCCAGGAGCGAGCUGAAAUAGUUGCUAAAUAUGACAGAGGACGAGAAGGUGCAGAGAUUGAACCUUGGGAAGAUGCUGAUUACCUUGUUUACAAAGUCACGGAUAGAUUUGGCUUCUUACAUGAGGAGGAGCUCCCAUAUCACAAUGCAGCUAUGGAACGGCAAAAGCACCUGGAAAUUGAAAGAACUACUAAAUGGUUGAAAAUGCUAAAAGGAUGGGAAAAAUACAAGAACACUGAAAAGUUUCAUAGGAGAAUUUACAAAGGAAUCCCACUCCAACUCAGAGGUGAAGUCUGGGCACUGCUCCUGGAGAUCCCAAAAAUGAAGGAAGAGACCAGAGACCUGUACAGUAAAUUAAAACACAGAGCACGGGGUUGUUCGCCUGAUAUCAGACAGAUAGACCUUGAUGUCAACCGCACAUUUAGGGACCAUAUCAUGUUUAGAGACAGAUAUGGUGUGAAGCAACAAUCCCUGUUCCACGUUCUUGCUGCAUAUUCUAUUUAUAAUACGGAGGUUGGAUACUGUCAGGGGAUGAGCCAGAUCACAGCCUUGCUCCUCAUGUACAUGAACGAGGAAGAUGCCUUCUGGGCCCUGGUCAAGCUGUUCUCAGGCCCCAAACACGCCAUGCACGGAUUUUUUGUCCAUGGUUUUCCCAAACUCUUGAGGUUUCAAGAACAUCAUGAAAAAAUCCUGAAUAAAUUUUUGUCCAAGCUUAAGCAGCACUUGGAUUCUCAAGAAGUCUACACAAGUUUUUACACAAUGAAGUGGUUUUUUCAAUGUUUCCUUGAUCGGACGCCCUUUACACUAAACCUCAGAAUAUGGGACAUCUAUAUCUUCGAAGGAGAACGAGUUCUUACUGCUAUGUCUUACACAAUCUUAAAAUUACACAGAAAACAUCUUAUGAGAUUGUCCAUGGAAGAACUUGUAGAAUUUCUUCAGGAGACCUUGGCAAAGGAUUUUUUCUUCGAAGAUGACUUUGUAAUAGAGCAGCUCCAGAUUUCUAUGGCAGAACUGAAGCGGGCAAAGCUCGACCUUCCAGAGCCUGGCAAAGAGGAUGAAUUUCCAAAAAAACCUUUGGGGCAGCUUCCCCCUGAAGGUCAGUCGGCUGGUGUCGCUCACCUGAGCAACGGACAGAGGAGCGUGGGCAGGUCGAGUCCUCACCCUGGCGGUCGGAGAGGCAGCGGCUCGCCCCUCAAGACCCACGACCCUUCCCCGCCCCACCCACGCCGCACCGGUACCCCGGAGAGGGCGAGGCAGCAGCGGCGGAAGUCGUCGGACGAGGAGGGUAAAAGGCUUCGCGACGAGGCUGAGGCGCAGGCGCAGAGGAGACUCCCGCCGGCCGCCCAGGACGGCUCCGGGCAGUACAACCACGCGGCGGCCAAUCAGAACAGCAACGCCACCUCGCGCGCCCGGAAGGAGUUCGCGCCCCGAUGGCACAAGCCUUCCGAGGCCGCGGUUCUGGAGAAGACCGCCAAGUCCGCCGUGGAAGGCCGGAGCCGGGCCGCACCCCCCGCGCUCGCCGACCCCCGGGCCGCGCACGUGAGGCAGAAGACGAAGGUGCUGGACGCAGAGGAGGGCAAGCGCGGCUCCACCGCCUCGCAGUACGACAACGUGCCUGAGGACGGUCCGGGCGGCGCUGUGGAGGAGGCGCUGGAGCGCGCGCGGGCGCAGAGCCCCCGGAGGCCCUCCGAGCCCGGCGCCAGCCCGUCCAGGGCCCCGCCCAAGUUCGCCUUCAAAGUCCUGCCCACGAGUUACGCCCCGCACCCGUUCCUGCCAGACGGGGAAGAUCGCGGGGCCGCGCACCCUCCUUUGUACAGUAACCCCCCCACCUACCAGGGCAGCUCUCCAAAACGGGUCCCCGCCGCCAACAGCAGCUUCCCGUUCCCCCCCGGGGCGCACACGAAUCCUUCCCGGAGACCUUACGGCUCCGCGCUUCCAGUCAACGCUUCUCCAGAGAAAUCUCACAGCCGCCCGACUCCUCUGGUCCAGCCGUCGAGUCGAAUAGAAGUUCUCCCUGUUGAUUUUGGUGCCGGCGGAUAUUCGGGCAAUUCAGGGUCCCCAAAGAAUGGGAAAUUCAUCCUUCCUCCAGGGGAUGGAUUGCCAGAUAACAGAAAAUGGUCAGAAGUUGGUUACACGUGGAGACCAGAGAUGCACGGACAGCCGUGGACAAGAGAUGUCAACCGUGGCCACUUGAGCAGUUUCCCAAGACACCCCACGUUUCACCACACCCCCUAUCAGGACCACGCCCUCCCCGCAGUCUCCGUAGAUGGUCCAGUGCGGUAUAGAACUUCCCCAGCUCUGGAAGACGCCACUUCACCCGGGUUUCAGUAUUCAGGGCCCUCACCUCCAGCGUAUCACUACAGAAAUCGGGAUGGACUCUCUAUUCAGGAGUCAGUAUUGCUGUAAGAAUUCAUCUGUACUUGCUGCAGACAAGAGACUAGAAACCGUAUGAGACCUGAAUUGCUACGUUUAUAAUUGCCAAAGCAGUAUUUUAUACAAUUGUAAAGAACUCGCACAGCUCUCAUGUAUGUCAGUAAUAAGAAUAUAUGGAAGUGAUUUCAUCCCCACCUAGAUGCCGCUUAACAAUGAGCUUUUAACGUGCAUCAUCACUGAAUCCAUUAAAAGGAAUUUAACCUGGAAAUAUAGCAAUAGCAUUUAGGGAUGCACGCACAGUUUCAUUUAUAUCUUUUUCCAAAAUCUGAAUAUUUGUACUCUCUUAGCCCAUUCUAUUUUGAGUAAUGUUACAGAGCACUGAAAAGCAGUAGAAUAGGUAUUUUUAAGGCUGUCCCUAGUGUAUGGUGUUUUUUAAUAGCUACUAUAUAGGCAUCUACCCAUAUACAGUCAAACACAGAACUAAAAAAAGGUUUUGAAGAAAAUAACUUUCAAUGUAGAUCCAUGGAAUAAUUUAUUCUUCUUUUCCCUAACUUACCUUUUAGUCAAUUUUUGUCCGCGCACCCCCCCCCCCCCACCCUUGUAUUUUUAACCCAGGUCCUAAACUGACUUGAGGGUUUGCCCUGAUUUAAUUUGGCGUCUCAUGGAAUGCUCAGCUUUCUCAUUCAGUUUUCAAUCUGAAAAUUAAAGACAUUGGAGAGGAAGGCUAACCAGUUAAUGGUGCUUAAAAAAUCAGCACAGUUUAAGUUUUGUUUUCAGAAGUGCAGCACGCAGUGUGUCCGUGUUCACAGAGAAAUCAGCUUUCGUGUGUCUCUGCCUUUUUCUGGUCUGACUCCUGUAAAGCUCAGAGCAGAGUAUGCUUGCCAGACGCCCAGAAAGUGCGCGCAUAACUCUCCAGUGGAUGCCAGUUGAAGUUGCAAGUUACCAAUCAUCAGUCACUCAUAGCAGAACGAACUGCUUUGAAAUUCAUUUGAAAGCAGGAUUAACAAUAUGGUCCUUUCUUACUUCUGUCCCUUAAAUUCCUGUGAAACCUCCCUACAAAGGGCAGGGAGAUACUUACAUGGUCUUUUCCUGGCCCUCUUCCUUUAAAGAAUGUAGUCAGUGGAUAUUGCUGCUCUUAGGCCAUUAAAUUAUUGCUUUGUAAAAUUGUAAAAAACGAUCCUAAUUAUUACUAGGAAUCUCAGAUUUUGGUCCUUUUUUUUUUUUAAUAGCAUGGCUAUCAUAUUUUCAGAAAUCUUUUUUUUGGUUGGUUGUUUCGUGAAAAAAGUUCAGUUUCAUGGUAACAAAUCAGCAGUGUCUUUCAGAAUGUUCUUUUACACUACAAUGACCAGAACGGCAACCAAGUUUUGGGCACUCCAAGAAACUCUGUCUUUGGGUUUCACUGGAGAGCUGGUUUUCACCCUCACUUUGCUCUUGUUCAAACAGUAGAGAAUAGAAAACCUAACAUUGAUGGUUCUUCUUGUAAGUUGGGGCUUUUAAGCUUUCAAGGUACAGAAGUAUAUGUUUUAAAAUGAGAGGAACAUUUGUUUAGCUAGUGAAUGUGACAAUAUUUUUUAUGUAUAUAAUGAGUCUAAUGUAAUUUUAAUCAACUUGGUAAUGAUGUUAUUAAAGGGCAAAACAAGUGCAGUGUGUUAGCAGCUGAGCACUGCACAGAAACUCUGACAAAAUCCCAAUACCACAAGACUCCUGAUUCAGAUCAUGUGGAAGCUGAGAAAUAAAUGUAUAUAAAAAUGUAGCUGGGGAUGUGAACUCCAAUUUUAAACCAUGAUUCUGUGACUUGUAAUAAUCCAAGCUGUACAAUUUAGUUUAUGAUAGCAGCAUCAGAGCUGCUUCAAAAUAUAUAUAUAUCAACAGUGGUAAAUACUGUAGAUUUAUAUAUAUAUAUAUAUAUAUAUAUAUGCAAAAAAUAUAUACACACACACUAUUUUCUUAUGUCAUCUAUGACAUUUUUUAUCUGUAUACUUUUUUUGAUGUGAUUGUUUUUAACAUGCUGAAGAAGUAUAUUUUGUGUCUUUUAUGUGCUUUUUUCAUAUGGCAUCUCUGAUUUUUCUAAACCUUGUUCCCUUCUAACUGAGGAGAUAUGACCCAGUAUUUGCCUCCAUGCCUAUAUAUAUUGCAGUUCUAUGUUACAUGCUUUACUAGUUUCCAGUAAUUCUGUAUUUAGAACCGUAGCACCUGCCUUUAUUUAAUCAGCCAUUUUUAAUAGCUUACAAGUCUGUUAGUGUGUGAAAUUCACUCAGUUGUGUCCAACUCAUUGCUAUCCCCAUGGACAUAUAGUCAUGGGAUUCUCCAGGCCAGCAUACUGGAGAGGGUAGCCUUUCCCUUUUCCAGGGGAUCUUCCCAACCCAGGGAUUGAACCAGGUCUCCCACAUUGCAGGUGGAUUCUUUACCAGCUGAGCCACAAGGGAAGCCCUUUUAAUAGCAAUAAGGUAUUAUUUUCAGUUUCCCCCCAUUGUGAAAUGUAACUGUUGGUUUUUCAAGUAGGAAAAUUUAAUUUGAACUUAUUUUGCCUCCAUCCAGUUUUACUCUUUCAAAUUUAUCUUUUAAUAAAAGAUAAAUAAUGAAAUGUUAAAAGAUGGAAUAAUAUUCAUAUAGGAGGUUAAGUAUAUUUAGAAAAAAUCUGGUAAGGAUCUUCAUUGUUUUCUCUAGAUAUAUACGAGGUAAAUAUUUUACCACCAUUAAGUCUUUUCUUCAUAGCAGUUUUGCUUAACACAGUAAGCACUUUGAUAUAGUUUAUAUAUUUUUUUAAUAGUUUGAAAAAUUAAAGAAACUAGACCUAGUGUCUCAGAGAGUUUUAAAACUUCAACUCUUUCAGGUGCUUAUGUUGUUUCCAGGAUGUUUAAAACAGAAGACAGCUUUGGGAGCCGACAGAUGUCUCUACUGUCAAACCAGACAUACAGGGGAGGGACAGAAUUACUCUUCCUCCUGCCCUCUAGGUUCUCCGUCCAGACCUCGUAGGUUGGGCUGAUAAAGGGCAGACAAGCAGGAGAAAGGCAACCAGAAGGUCAUUAACAUGUGUGUCCCGCCUUCACGUGGUAUCCAGUGAUGAGUUGCUCCAAGGGAGGGUUCGCUUUCCCCAACUAAGCUUUCUCCACCCAGCUUAGUUGGGGAAAGGGAUGGGGAAGAAAGGGCACUUAAAAGCAAAUGACUUUCUAGAAAAUAAAUGGGCCUUUAGCAAAGCAGAUAGGAGAAAUGAUCAUUUGUCCUGGGGGGCUGAGCGGGGUGCCAAAAGAGGAGAUUAUGAAGUUGCCUGGGGAGGGGAUUUAUGACAGUUGCAUUCUUUGGGAAGGCUCUGCUUUCAGGCAGGUAAAGGAUUUCAGGGCCUCCGGUAACUUCAGCCCAGCGGUCAUUCGUACCCCCAAAGUGGCCUGCUUUGGGGUGGCAGGUCCUGAUCCCCUGCACCAUCAACGACAGGAUGUUUCUCUAAAGAAGGAAAAGAGAUUCAGUCAGUGGGACAUCUCCAAAGAAGCAAAAUAGACGUUUACAGGAUGUGAUAUGAUUGUUUUAACUUUUUUUUCAUUUUAAGAAGAUUCUGAUACUAAGUUUUAUGUCACUGUGAGUGUCACUUUAUAUUUAAUCAUUUCCGAUCUUUGUCUCAGGGCUUGUUACACCAUAAGCACAAAAAUGAUGCCUAGUCAAUAUUUCGCUAAGAUCUCUUUUCUUUACUUUUUUUAUGAUUAGAGAAAAACAUUCCAGGUCCACAAAUAGGGCUUUAUUCACACAGGAUCUACAGCUUAAUCUUUUGGAAAUAUUAUUACUUCUCAGUUAUCUUUUAGAUUCACGCCUUUGUUUUCAGAUGUUCUUGAUUGUGGGUUAUUUAAGAUUGGUUUUGGCAGUCUGUUUCUUUGUUUUAAUUGUCCUUUAAUGGAUUUUAAAUUUCAUUUCUAAUACUGACAUUAAUACUUAGCGAUCAGACAGUUUUAAUAAGUCAGACUUAACUUUUACAAUGACCUAAGGUGUUGAGAACAGAAGAAAGGAUUCCAUUUAAUAUUUAUUUGUGAAUUGUACUCUCAGAAGGGUUUCAGUUACUGAUAAAUCUAAGCAUAACUGCCACCAUUUUAUCAGUAAGAAUCCUGAAAAAUAGAGGAAAAAAAAACAGAUUUCAUAGGAGUGGAUCUUCACCCCUGCUGCUCGUUAAAACUAACUGGGGAAUUUUUUUUUUUUUUUUAAUCAAUUGUAUAUUCCCACUGUGAGCUGUCUCAAAAAUUCUUAACAGACCCGUUUCAGAGUUUCGAAACUGAUUUCGGGUAAGUUAGGAAAAUUUCGACUGGAAAGAUGAACAUCCCCAGCCAUCUCGUGUUUCUGAUGAACUGCCGGCAGUGGUGGGAAGUGGCAGUGACUUCAGCCCAAGGCCAGACCCUGUGCUUCCUCUCAUCACCUCUUACAACAGUUCUUCCAGAUAGGUCGAGCCUUACGCGGAUUUCCGUUUUCCUGGAUAACUUCUGUCACUUUCCUUAAGUGACCUGCUGAAAAGAGGCCCAAGCUGUCGAGAAGCCCAUGGAGAAGCCGAGAAUGUGCUGCACACUGGUGUCCACACCUGACCAGGCAGCAUUUCAUUGAGCCACUACGGUGUACUAGUUGCCUUGGGACUGUGCUGGGUUCGUACUUCAAGAUAGGAGGUGCGUUUUAUAGUCUGUGUCUCAGAUCAAUGUUGGCGAUGGGACGUGGACAGGUGACCCCACUGGGCGCAAAAGAGCCCAGUGCUGGAGGGUCUGGGACGGCCUGUGCGGGAGAGUGCUCAGAGUAGACGGACUGAAGGGAAGGGGAGGGGCGUUUGGAGAGAAGGGAUGGACGAGCAACCUCAUGGCGUGUGUCAGGGGGUGGGGGGAAGUUCUCGCUUUGGUGUGUGUGUCUGGGAUAGGGUGGGAAAGUCUGCAGAGAGCUGUCCUGGGGACCUGUGUGCCCUAUGGAGGCAGAUGUAGGGGUACAGGCCUGGGGGAAGUUUGGACAGUUGCAACAGGUGUUAUUUCUAAAAGGUAGUACAGAUCUCAGCACCAGGGGAGAAAUUAACAAGAAAAAGUGAUGAACUUGAGAACUAUUUACCGAGUAAAAAUCGGCGAAACUUGAUAAUCGAUUGGAUGUAAUCAUAACAAUUAGGGAUAAUAGCUAACAUUACUGAAUGCUCGCUGUGUGUCUGGCAUUGUGCUAGGCAUAUUACCUGUAUUAACUCAAUUCUCACAAUAACUGAAGUGUAUGACCUUAAUUCCCAGUUUACAUAUGAGAUAACUAAGGCUCACAGAGUUGAAGUGAUUUGCCCCAAGUUAUGCAGCUGGUAGGAAAAGAGACCCAGGCAGGACUUGAAUCUGAGUCUAAAACUUCCAUUCCCUCACUGACAAUUUUAAGAAAGUAUUACUUAACCUACCAUAAAAUUCACCCAUUUAAGUAUACACAUCAGUGAUUUUUUUAGUAAGUUUACAGAGUUUUGCAACCAUCACAGCAAACCAAUCUUAGAACAUUUCCAUUACCUCAGAAACUCUCUUUUCCCCAUUUGCAGGACCCAUUCCCACCCACAGCUUCAGGCAGCUGUUGAUCCACCAUCUAUCCUUCUGAUUUGCCUUUUCUGGACCUUUAAUAGAAAUGGAAUCAAACAAUAUUUGGGGUUUUUUGCAUCUGGCUUCUUUUGCUUUUUGAGGUUCAUCCAUGGGUAGGAAGUGUCAGUAUCCACUUUCUUAAUUGCUGAAUAGGAUUCUGUUGUAUGACUAUCACAUUUUGUUCCUCAAGUCACCAGUUGAUAGACAUUUGGAUUAUUUUCACACGUUUGUGUCAAGUUUGCGUGGCCUUGUUUUCAUUUUCCUUGGGUACGUAUUUAGGCGUGCUGUUGCUAGCUUUUAUGAUGUUUGUGUUUAACUUUUUAAGAAGCUGCCACAUUCUUUUCCAUCAUAUCUAUAUCAUUUACCUUCCCACCAGCAAUGUAUGAGGGGUCUGAUUUCUCCACGUCCUCACCGAUGCUUGUUGUUUUAUAUUUCUGGUUAAAGCCAUUCUAGUGGGUGUGAAGUGAUAUCUCAUUGUGGCAUUGAUUUGCGUUUCUCAAAUGGCUAAUGAUGUUGAGCAUCUCUUCAUGUUUUUAUGACUCAUUUGUGUGUAUUCUUUGGUGAAAUCUCUAGUCAUAUCUUUUGCUCACUUGUUUAAUUGGGUUUUCUUAUUCUUUAAAAGUAAGCAUUCUUAAAAUACUCUGGGUACAAGUCCUUUGUAAGACAAGAUUUGCAAAUAUUUUCUCCCAGUCUGUGACAUGUCUUUUCAGUUUCUUAAUGAUGUCUUUUGAAGUAUGAAUGUUUUUAAUUUUAAUGAAGUCCAGUUUAUUUUUUUCUCUAUGGAUCAUGCUUUUAGGAUUGUAUCUCUCUGCCUAACCCAAAGUGACAAAUGAUUUUUCUCCCGUGUCUUAUUUCAGAAGUUUUACAAUUUAGCUCUUACAUUUAUAUCUAUGAGCCAUGUCAAAUUAUUACUGUAUAAAGUGUGAGGGAAGGAUCUAAGUUGAUAUGCAUGUUCAGUGGUCUCAGAACCAAGUUUAAAAGACAGUGCUUUCCAAAACUGAAUUGCCUUAGUACCCCUAUCAAAAAAUCAAUGAAUCAUAUUAUAAUAAGUGUUUAAGUUUCGAAAACAAGAAGUGUACAUCCUCCAA